AUGAAGAUUGAGAUAGAGAGCAAGAAGUUGAUCAAACCCUCAGCUCCAGCAGUUGACAGCCUUCGCAAGCUAAAAAUCUCUCUAAUUGAUCAGCUUCAGUCUCCAGCUUAUGUUGAUGUCACUCUCUUCUACUCAUCCAAAAAGGAUGUACGCGACCCUUCAUUCGUACCUAUUAGCAAAAGAUCUCGGCUGCUCGAGAAAGCGCUCGCGGAAACCCUAACCCUCUUUUACCCUCUUGCGGGGCGAUACGUCGAAGAGAGAUGCUUGGUCGAAUGGGACGACCAAAGGGUGGAGUUCUUGGAAGCCAAAGCUGAUGGCACUCUCGAUCAAUUUCUCCAUGGAGAAACUGACCCCGAUGAUGUCCUCGGUCAUUUGGCAACUCAACCUCAUCCGGUGGACCAGAUUGCGCCGCCUCUAGUGGUUGUCCAAAUGACCACGUUCACUUGUGGCGGCAUGGCGGUCGGCCUGCGCAUCUCGCACAAGAUUGCUGACAUGCACACUGUAUCGUCCUUCCUGAGCACGUGGGCGAUGGCAUGUCGCGGAAGUGUUCACGAGGCGAUCCAUCUCCAAUCCAUCUUGAAACUCAAAGCCAUUGCAAGGAGCGGUGGUUUCGAUUUCGAAAGGGAACCCUCUCGUGUGGAGCUGGUUACGGCGCUCGUUUCCAUUGCUCUCUUGAAAAUUGCCAAGCUAAAAAAUGGGCAGUCCAAGCCGUUCCUCAUUUCGCACAUGGUGAACUUGCGCGGAAGGACAGAUCUCGUAUCGCACGAUAAUUUGUGCGGCAAUUUCUACACAGUGGUGAGCGGGAAGUCCACAGCCGAAGUGACCGAGCUUGGGCUACACGGCUUGGUGGGUUUGGUGCAAGAUGCGAUGACAACCUCGCUUGCUAAAGUAGCGAAUGCGAUAGACGGGACGGAUUUGGCCGAGAUGGUGAUGAACUUGGCGGGAGAGUAUCAAGAAGAACGGAGGAAAGGCGAUGUCGACAUGCUCAUCUUCAACAGCUGGUGUCGGUUUCCGGUGCACCAGGUUGAUUUGGGUUGGGGUGAGCCUGAGUUUGUGAGUAGCUUAUGCGCUCCGUUUGACUCGGUCAUGUUGAUGGAUCACCAGAAAGCUGAAGGCGGAGUUGAGGCGUGGGUGAGCUUGACUUAA